UCAAAAUCAAGCGAAGAGACAAACAGAAAAGGACACAAUGUCGGUGGAAAUCGACGUCAAGCAUCCGCUUGAUCGGCCUUCCACAGACUUGCUUGAAGUAAGUCGACAUCGACUAGAAGGCUUACCAACGCAUAUGGAAGACCGCGAUGCUGAUGUUAUGAGGGCGUUCAUUGAUUCUAUGGGCACAAUGGGUGAAAAUACUGCCGAUUACAGCCAAGUCCAUGGAAGCGAAGAAGAAUGGAUGGAGCAGCAAAGCUCAGCUAGACUUUUUGAAAGAUCAAGAAUCAAAGUCUUAGCAGAUGAAAGAGAAAGAGUACAGAAAAAGACUUUCACAAAGUGGAUUAACUCCCAUCUGCAAAGAGUAGGAGCAAGGGUCAACGACCUUUACCAUGAUCUACAAGAUGGACGAAAACUUAUUUUACUGUUAGAGAUUUUAUCUGGCGAGAAGCUGCCUAAACCGUCCAAAGGAAGAAUGCGUAUUCAUAACCUAGAAAAUGUGGAAAAAAGUUUGGUGUUUCUGAAAAAACAGAGGGUCCAUCUUGAGAAUAUUGGUGCUCAUGAUAUUGUCGACGGCAACCAAAAGAUCACACUUGGUCUGAUCUGGACAAUCAUCCUACGAUUCCAGAUCCAAGAUAUUAUGAUUGAGGGUGAAACCAAGGAACGAAGAUCUGCUAAAGAUGCUCUGUUACUUUGGUGUCAGUCAAAGACUGUUGGCUAUCGCAAUGUUACAGUUACGAACUUCACUACCAGUUGGAGAGAUGGAUUGGCCUUUAAUGCAAUUAUCCACAAACACAGGCCUGAUUUGAUAGAAUAUGAGAAGAUCAACAAGGCUGAUGCGGAACAAAACUUAGAACAAGCCUUUGAAGUAGCUGAAACACAACUUGGAAUAACACCACUCCUGGAUGCAGAGGAUGUGAUGGUAGAUUUCCCAGAUGAAAAGUCUAUUAUUACAUAUGUAUCGGCUUACUAUCACUACUUUGCUAAGAUGAAAACUGUAGAAGUCUGUGGUACAAGAAUUGGAAAGGUGAUAGAAAGAAUUAAAGAAAAUGAGGAACUCAUAAACGAGUAUGAAAAACUAGCCACUGAUCUAUUGGAAUGGAUUGAGAUGAAAAUCCAAACGCUCGCCGACAGAGACUUUGCUAAUACUCUUGUUGGUGUACAACAACAAAUGCUGGAGUUUAACCAGUAUCGAACCCAGGAAAAACCACCAAGGUUUGUGGAGAAAGGAAACCUUGAAGUGCAGUUGUUCAUCUUGACUAGUAAGCUACGUGCCAAUCAUCAGAAGAUGUAUACACCACCUGAAGGAAGAAGUAUGGUUGAAAUAAAUAGGGCCUGGGAAAGACUUGAAAAGGCUGAGCACGAGAGAGAACUUGCUAUUAGGGAAGAGCUGAUGAGGCAAGAAAGAUUGGAGAUGCUUGCUGCCAAAUUUGACAGGAAGUAUGCCAUGCGUGAAACUUGGCUCAACGAAAACCAGCGUCUUGUUUCCAUUGAUAGCUUUGGUAAUGAUCUGGCGGCAGUUGAAGCAGCAACAAAGAAGCAUGAAGCCAUUGAAACUGAUAUCAUGGCAUAUGAAGAACGUGUCAACACUCUUGUAGCUGUUGCCGAUGAACUGAUCAAAGAAAACUACCAUGAUAAGGAUAGAAUUGAAACUGGUAAAAUGAAAAUUAUUGAGCUCUGGGAGUUACUGCUGGUACUCCUUAAACAAAGACGUGCACGCCUGGAAAAAUGCAUGCAUCUCCAGAGAGUAUUCCAGGAAAUGAUCAACAUUAUUGACUGGAUGGAUGAAAUCAAGGUUGGCCUUUUGUCUGAAGACUAUGGUAAGCAUCUUCUUGGUGUUGAAGACUUACUUCAAAAGCACAGCCUUGUUGAAGCAGACAUCGCUGCUACUGCAGAAAGAGUACAACUGGUCAACAAUCAAGCUGAGGCUUUCCUCCAUGCUGAUAUGUCAGAUGAGAACAAGCCAGACGAGAACCAAAUCAGAGAGCACCAAGCAGAAGUAGAUGGAGCUUACAAGGAACUGGUUCAACUGGCAGCUGUUCGCCGUGCAAGACUCGAGGAGUCACUCAAAUUGCAAAGCUUCUAUCGUGAUGCAGAUGAAGAAGAGAUGUGGGUGACAGAGAAAGACUACUUUGUACAGUCUACUGACUAUGGACAUGACCUUAAUACUGCUAUGAUCUUGCUCGCUAAACAUGAGGCUGUUGAACGUGAAAUGGCUGGUCGUGAUGGACAAACCAGAGCAAUAACAAGAAAGGGAGAAGACCUAUUAGAGUCUGUUCCAUAUGCAGCAGACACAAUCCAGAACAGGUUGGACAUCAUCAAGAAUAAGUGGGAAAGACUGCAUGAUAACUCUGCCUACCGAAAAAAGAAAAUCAAGGAGAAUGUGAAGCUUCAGCAGUUUAUUGCUGAAUACAAUGACAUCACAUCCUGGCUACUUAUGACAAAGAGAGUGGUAACUAAUGACGAUAUGGGUUAUGAUGAGCACAGUACUGAAGCACUCAUCAAAAAACACCAGGCCGUUGAGGAAAACAUCGAGGCCUAUGCUUCAGAAAUCAAUGCUUUACACAGCCAAGUAGAUGGGCUUGGUGAUGAGGAUAAAUCAUCUCCUCAAGUAGCCGAAAGAUGCAACAAUGUUGAUGAGCAGUAUGAGGAGGUUGUUCAGUUGGCAGCCACUCGUCGUCAGAAGCUUCAAGAUGCCUUGUCACUCCAUCAACUCAACAGGGAGGCCAACAUUGUAGAAACAUGGAUCGAUGAAAAGGAAAAUCGCCUUGAUACAGCCCUGACAGUUGACAAAAGCAUGGACUUGGAAGAAUGCCAGAUUAUUCAACAAAGAUUUGAAGGAUUUCAACAGGAAUUGGAUGCCAAUGAGAAGCGUGUUGAUCUGGUCAAUGAUCUUGGUAGCAAAUUGAUUGACACUGGUCACAUCAACUCUGAUGAAAUAAAAGAAACAACAGACAGACUGAACACCAGGUGGUCUAACCUUCGCAAUGCAGCGGAUAAGAAGAAAGCUAAACUUGACAAGGCUCUUAAACUGCAGCAAUUCUAUGCUGAGACCACUGAAACCAAGAUCUGGAUCAGUGAGAAGUCUAGCCUGUUGAUUACGGAGGAAGAUGUAACAAACAUGAAGGAUCUAUCCACCGUCAUGGUGCUGCAGAGAAGGUUGAAUAACAUCCAGAGAGACAUGGCAGCCUUGGAUGAUAAGUGCACCAGUUUGGAAGAAGACGCAGAACAGCUGUGUUCUGAGUAUGAUGGAGAACCAGAGGAACGAAUCGUCCGUGAGAAAAUGAAUGUGGUCAAUUCUGCCUGGACUGAACUCAAAACAAAUGUUAAGCAACGUGAUGAAGCUCUGGCCGAAUCUGGUGAAUUACAGAGAUUUGUCAAGGACCUUGAUGACUUCCAAGUCUGGCUGAAGCAUGUCCACAAUGAAGUUGCAUCUGAAGAAAUCCCUCUUAGUCUGACUGAAGCUGAGAGAAUGUUGAAAGAGCACGAGGAUAUCAAGGAUGACGUUGAUGCUCAUGAACCAGACUUCCACAAGCUGAUGGAAGAAGGACCUAAAUGGGUACAAGAUGACACUGAUUUACAACAACAGUCACUCAAGGAGCAGCUCGAACAACUGGAAGGUAGCUGGAAAGACCUGCUUGUUCUGUGGGACAAGAGAAAGAGACAGCUUAUCGAAGCACUUAACCAUCAGCUAUUUAUCCGUGAUGCCAAGCAAUGUGAAGCCCUUCUUGGUCAACAGGAACUUUUCCUUUCCAAAGAAGAAGUUGGGGCUACAGUAGAAGCUGUACAAGAGCUAAUCAAAAAGCAUGAAGAAUUCACCAAGAAAAUGGAUGCCCAAGAUGAGAAGAUCAACCAGAUGAUCCAGUUUGCACAGCGCCUGGCCAACGAGGGACACUACGCUCAGGACAAGAUCACUGAAAAAGCUCAGAGUCUACAUGACAGGCGUAAUGCUAAUCGACAGAAGAUGGAGGCUGCUCUGCAAAGGCUGAGGGAUGCUUUGGCUCUACAGCAGUUCAUCCAAGAUGCUGAGGACAUGUAUGAUUGGUUGAAGGAGAAACACCAAGUAGCAUCUGAAGAGACAUACAGGGAGCUCAGUAAUAUUGGCGGUAAAGUCAUGAAGCAUAAGGCAUUUGAAGCCGAACUGAUGGCCAAUAAAGAACGCCUUGAUCAAAUCAGUGAGUCUGGACUCGAAAUAGCCCAAGAGAAACCAGAAAGCAAGCCAGAGAUUGACGAACGACUGGAAAAACUGAACCAAAAAUGGCUUGAACUGGCUGAGGUGUCGAAAAACAAGGGCAACAAGCUGGAAGAAGCUGUCAAGCAAGAGGAGCUUAACCAAGGCGUGCAGACGAUGGGAGAAUGGGUGAAGGAACUGGAAACAACUAUCAUCACCCAAGAGAAGGCAACUGAUUUGACUACAGCUACCAGGCUCUACCAAAAACACAAGAUGAUGGAAAAACAAAUCGCAGCCAAGAAAGCACGUCUUCAGGAGCUGGAUUCGCAGGCAGCCGAUAUGGUUGAUGCUGGACACUUUGACCCCAAAGCUGUACAAGAAACCAAAGUAAUUCUAGAAGAGAAAUAUGAAGCACUAGAGGCUCCAAUGGCAGAAAAGGCUGUGGAACUUGAUCUUGCCAUGCAAUUCUUCCAAUUUGACAGAGAUGUUGAUGAUGAAAAGUCCUGGAUCGAAGAGAAAGAACCAAUGCUCCAGUCAACCAACUACGGCAACAACUUGUUUGAGGUCCAGAAACUCCAGAAAAAGCACCAAACACUGUGCGCAGAGAUCGACAUCCACCAAGCUCACAAAGACCGCAUCUGCAACCAGGGAGACGAUUUGGUUGAUGGUGAUCAUCCUCAGUCUGAUGAUAUCCUGAGACGCAAGGAAGCCUUGCAGCAGAGAUGGGAUGAAUUGAAGGCACAGUCUGAUGCCUACAAGGCUCAGCUUGACUUGUCGUUACAGGCUAAGCAGUACUACUAUGAUGCUGCCGAAGCUGAAGCAUGGAUGAGCGAACAGGAACUGAACAUGAUAGGAGACGAGCGAGGAAAAGACGAAGCCAGUGCCAGUGAGAUGUUGAAGAGACACGAAACCUUGGAAGCUGCCAUUGCUGAUUAUGCUGAAACAGUGGAUGACCUCCGCAACCAGGCUGACAACUUGAUUGAAAGCAAUCAUCCAGAGAGUGAGACAAUCAAGAUUCGUCAAGCUCAAGUAGAAAAGCUCUACGCAGGUCUGAAGGACUUGGGCGAAGAGAGACGCGGCAAACUUGACGAAACGCUCAAGCUAUACCAACUUAAUCGUGAAGUAGAUGACCUUGAACUGUGGAUAGCUGAUAAGGAAGUGAUCGCCAAAUCACAGGACGUUGGCCAGGAUCUUGCUCAGUGCGAGCUUUUGAUAGAAAAGUUCCGUGACUUUGCACAUGACACCACUAAUGUUGGGACCGAGCGAGUAGCCAAGACAAAUGCUGUGUGCGACCAGCUGAUUGGCACAGGACACUCCGAUGCCGCUACUAUUGCUGAAUGGAAAGAUGGAAUAAACGAGUCAUGGGCAGAUCUACUGGAACUGAUCGAAACCAGAACAAAGAUGCUAGAAGCUGCUCGUGAGCUUCACAAGUACUUCCACGACUGCAAAGAAGUGUUGGCAGUGAUUUACACCAAGCAGAACCUCCUGACUGAAGAUCUUGGACGCGAUCAAAGCAGCGUGCGUCGAUUGAAAAGAAACCUCCAGAACUUCGAGGCAGACCUUGCACCCAUUGGCAACGAGGUGUCUGCUGUCCAGGAAGAGGCUAGUCGCCUGUUGGGAUCAUAUGCCGGGGGCAAGGCCAAGAGUAUCCAGGAUGCAGAAGACGAGGUGGUACAAGCAUGGAAGAACCUUCAUCUCUGCAUCCGUCGUAGGAUGGAGAAGCUUCACGAUGCAGAUGAUUGGUAUCGCUUCUUGAUGGCUGUACAGGACCAGAUGUUGUGGAUGAAUGAUAUGUUGAAACAUAUUCUCACCUACGAAAAAGCCAAGGACGUGUCUGGAGUAGAAGUACUCAUGGACCAACACCAGGGACGCAAGGGAGAAAUCGAUGGACGAGAAGAAAGCUUCGUUGGUGUCAUCAAGAUGGGAGAGGAACUUCUGGCCAAGAACCACUAUGCUUCUAACGAGAUUCGUGAGAAAAUCAACAUGUUGAACAGACAUCGUGACGAGAUGCUUCUUGAAUGGGACAAGAGAUGGGAGCACCUUGGAUUGAUUCUCGAGGUCAUGCAGUUCGCUCGCGAUGCUCAUUUAGCAGAAGGCUGGUUGAUAUCACAAGAAUCAUACCUCAAAAACGAGAAUCUUGGUGUCGAUAUUGCAGAGGUGGAAAAACUCUUGGAGAAACACUCUAAUCUAGAGAAGCUACUCACUGUACAAGAAGACAGAUUCGCAGCACUUGAAAGACUGACAACAUUCGAACUUCGUGAAGCACGUCGCAGACAAAUGGAAAAAGAACAGAGAAUCAAAGAAGAACGCGAACGAGAGGAACGCGAAGCAAAACAACGACAGGAAGAAGAACUGCGACAGCUGAAACAAGAAGAGGAGGAAAGAAGACAGAGGGAGGAAGAAGAGAGAAGGAGAGAACAAGGACGUGAAGAAGGAAAAGAUGAACCUAUAACUCCGUCUGCUGCUGCAACUGCUGAAGCGUCCGUUACACAAGAACCAACAGCGGAGGAACGACAGGAGGAGCACGAGACAGAUGCUAAGUAUGAGGGAUAUCUUCACCGUAAACCAACCAUGGAUGGUCCAAACAGAAAAGCAGCCAUCAGGCAAUGGAAACAAUACUACGUCAUCCUCAAAGACUACGAAUUACGAUUCUUCAAGGACCAGAAGAGUGCCAGUCAUGAGCACCCUGCAGCUCACCCAUUAUCAACCCUUAACUGUGUCUGUGAAGUAGCUACAGAUUAUACCAAGAGAAAACAUGUCUUCCGAUUCAGAAUAAGUACUGGUCAAGAAUUCUUGUUUCAAGCUAAAGACGAGGAUGAUCUCAACUUCUGGAUUAAACAUGUACAAGAAUGUUCUAAGGCACCAACCACACCAACCAAACCCUCAACUCCUGACAAGAAAGACAAAAAGGGAAGUGGGUUUUUUAAGAGGAGAAGCAAGAAUGUAGAGGAGAAGAAGUAAACAGCAGUAAAAAUGGAUUAAUUUAAGCAUCGUAAGGAAUGUAUUCUUACGAGUAAGACGAGUUGCGUUAGGUUUUGUUCUGUGUGUGAGACUAGUGUAUCUUCACUACCGCCACAGCCAGUAAGAUGAGUGAAUAGUAUAUUAAUUCCCUUAGGAUAAUACUCUAGGAAACUUAUUAAGGGAUCCCCAAGUGCUACACACUUGUUUGUUAUGUCAUUAAUCCUCAGUCUAUGAACCCCUGCAACAUACAAGGGAGAUAAAAAGGACUUUUAAGAUACAGCGAAAGCUAAUAAAAACAACUAAUGUAUGUUAUAACUGCCCAGCUAAAAUAAUGUCAUAGACACUAGUUUGAACCUCUUCGGCAAUUACUCACUGCCAAUUAAACAUUAAAAAAUUCUAAAUUUAAUGAGUUAGUUUAUUUUUUAAUUCUCCUGAUAAACUGAAUAUGCAUCACUUCUGUGCAUUAUUUUUUUUCCUUUCUCAUGCAAAAUUUCAAUUUCCAUUGAAAUUGAAAUCUUGCAUUUUUCCACUGUUAGGAGUUUAGUGGCUGUUAACUCAAUGCUCAAAUCAAGGCAUUAAUUGCAGUGUUUAGAGUGGACAAGUUCUUAUUCUAAUUUCCGAGUGAAACUCGUUAUCUUUUUCAUCUACGUUAAUUAAAUUUUGUUAAAGGUUUUUUUACCUCUUAGUUUUAGUUCUCAGAAUAUUGUCAGCUAUCCAUUUACUCUAGAAUAUGAAGCGUCUCGUUAAGGGAGGAUAGAAAUGAGAAAAUUGUAAAGUAAAAACAACUUUUUGUUCAUUGCAUUUCAUUUUUAGGAUGAUAAUUAUCAUACAUAUAAUUUGGUUUGAUGUUGUAACAACUGUUUACUGAUGUCACAAAUAAAUAAACUUUGACUCAACUCUGA